AUGGCUGAGUGGACCUGGCAGCAAAUCUUGUGGAUAGCUCGGUGGACUUGGGACAAAGCAACCGAUUUUGCAGAGUGGACUUGGUACCAACUCACUGACCUGGCUAACGGAAUUUGGGAUACGAUUGCAUGGAUUAUUAAUUUCUGUUUCACUUCGAUUUGCGCCUUCAUUGAUACUGUUUCUGAGCUGUACGCUGUACACGUUAAGAGUAAGUGAAGAUCCUGUUUGUAAAGUAAAUUAUAUCAGUACAGCUUGACCGUAGCAGCUAAGGAAACACUUCAGACUCAGGAACUGGAAGGGUAUUUUCGGGGUCUUGGAUACGGUUUUUUUUUUUUUUGAAAAGUUGCCUGGUGCUCAGUCAAACGCCAGAUAGGACUUUCUUACCAAAACAUAGCAGAAACUUACUGAGGUUGAGUGCUCCUGACUCGCCGUACCCGUCUAAUCCAAGUGACUUGGAAAUUUUCUGAGUGUAAUAAUAUACUGUUUUGUUAUCCACAGGUCACGUGACAUACAUCAGAUCCCUGUUCGGUGGUAUUACCAGACAGGAAAUCAUUAGAACACUGAUUACAAGUGUUGUGUUGGUUUCUACCCUGCUCUUCAUCAACAAGACGAUCAGAUAUGUUAUUCGGAGACGAAGGUAUGUGAGUCCCGACUUGCCCUUUUAAUUGAAACAAAUGUACGUGGCAAGUAGAUCAACUCGGAAAACACGACAACAGAAUUGAUCCUCAAGAAGCGCAAACUAGUUUGCUAUUUGGAAAAUUUUUAGACUUACAAUGUUAUACUGUUGUAGCGUUUUCUAAAUUACCUCACAUGUGAUCGUCUUUGAACAACGCGAGGUUGUUCUUAGCAAAUUCUUACUGGUAGUUUCCGUACAUUGUCCGUAGUCCUUUCGUUUUUGACCUGAACAUCAAAUCAUCAGUCAUGGAGUUUAACAAAUGUCAUUUGUAAAACGCUUUGUAGAGAAAUCAGAUUUGCGACUCGCUUAAAACUUCCAGUGAUCUAAAAAUUAAAUAGCCUGUGAAAACGCUACAACUGGUUUCCCCGCCAAAUGACGUGUGAGAAACUAGGGCAGAUAUUCCAUACUGAUGACGCGUCACUACCCAGAUCUGGGUAGUGCUUCUGAUUGGUUGAAUCAAAUUUCCCACGCGGCACGACCAAUCAGAGAAAUUACCCAUAUCUCGGUAGUGACGCGUCAUCAGUAUGGAAUUUAUGUGUUUCUCAGACGAUUUGAAUACGCAGGGGUGCAUGAAAGGCAGAUCUGGCGACUAAUUAGUACCUAAAGAUAGAAAAUACAGCAUCUAAGUUAAUAAUCUGAGAAUGUUUUUUCUCUUGACAGACAGGUGCGGUUGGAAAACGAAGCUGCCGAAUGUGUAGUAUGUGCAGCUUCCCAAAAGCCAAUAUGGCGUCCAAAACCAAAGAAGAAAAAGAAAAUUGACAAGAAGGGCUGGUAG